AAAGGAGCAUUGAAAAUCCACCCUUUACGCCAGAUGCGGAGCUAGACAGUCAUUUCAAAGGAAUACAAGAAAAAGUCAAACAAAAAUAUCUUGAUGUAAAAACAAUCCCUGGGGACUGGAGUAGACGUGGUUUAAACACAUAUGUAAAAAAGAAGCCAACAUGUAAAGAACUGCAAGACCUGCAAGGAAUUCUUAUGGGUUUGGAAAUGCAUAUCCCAAAGGAAGAACCAACGAAAUACCUGUGGGAUGUGAACUGUGCAAUGUAUGCAACGAUUUGUGGAUGGAAGUUAGCAUGCGAUCAUAAAGAUGGGAAUAACAACAGCAACAGCCAGGGAAAGCAAAAGGGAAUUCCAGUCUGGGAAAAACGAAUGAAUGAAAAAAUGAACAAAAUUAGGGGCAAGAUCUCACAAAUUGCCGAGGAAAUACAGAGAAUAAAGAAUAAUAAGAAACUUACGAGAAACAUGAGAAGAAACAGGAGGUGGAUGAAAAGAGAACUGAAGGGUAGAAUAACCCUAAAUGGGUUACUGGAAAUAAGGGAACACAAGAUUAGUGUGGUAAAAUCAAUGAAAUACAAUAAGGAAAAGAAAAAAGGCCAGAUCGUGAGAAACAAAAUUAACAGGCUAUAUGACACAGACCAAAGAAAAGUAUACAACACGUUGAGAGAAAUCCUGAAAAACGAUGACUCGGAUGAUGUGAGUUUUAAGACAAGAAGCGACAAAACCGGAAGCCAAACAACACUUACCAAAGAAGAUUUUGAAGACUACUGGCCAAAAAUUUGGAGCGAAGAAUCGAAGGUAAAUCUGGAAGCAAAAUGGAUCAAAGACGUUGAGCAAGCCAUUAGCCAGUCAACAGCAGUCAAUGAUGAUGAAAUCGUAAAUAUCACAAAGGAGAAAUUCACGAAUAUGCUUAAAACGAAAAAAAACUGGUCGUCACCCGGUAAAGAUAAAAUAGUGAAUUACUGGCUCAAAGCGUUUACAACUACACACGAAGGUAUAUCGGUAGCAGUCACUGAACUGAUUAACAAGCAGACACCUAUUCCCACAUGGUUACUUGAAGGAAGAUGUGGGCUACACCCAAAAAAGCUCCAACCAAAAGCACCUGACCAUCGUCCCAUCACCUGCUUAAAUACGAUGUACAAGUCAAUCACUUCACUCGUAGGCGAAUAUCUACCAUUAAAGACGCUACAGAUGGAUCAGAGAGGAGGUAGACCUGGAGUAAUGGGAUGCACUGACAACAUGUUAAUUGACAAAAUGAUCCUAGAAGAUGCAAAAAUGAAUAAAAAGAAUUUAUCAAUGGUUUGGACUGAUGUAAGAAAAGCAUUUGAUUCCGUGACACACGCUUGGAUUCUUAAGGUGUUAUCAAUGAAUAAGACAAACAAACGAAUCAUAAAGUUUGUAGAAAACAUAAUGAAAGGCUGGAAAAUCUCAAUAACCGUCGAUACAGUAAAUGGAAAGGAACAAUUGGAGUCAAUAAAUGUCAAGAGAGGUAUACUGCAAGGAGACAGCUUUGUUGUCAGGCUUUUUGUACUAUGUCUUGACCCAAUAGCUUGGACGAUUAGAGGAUAUGAGGGUUACCAACUGACGCACGACAGGACAAUGAAGAUAACACACCUAUUAUUUGUUGACGAUUUAAAACUCUAUGCAAAAUCAGAGAACAAAAUAUCAGUCGUGACAAAGAAAGUUAAGGAAAUGUAUGAAGAUAUUGGGAUGUCCUGGGGCCUGGAAAAGUGUGCUUCUUUGCAUGUAGUUAGAGGGAAAGUAUCAAAGAGCGAAGAUUUACCAAUAGGAGCAAAGGAUUCCAUCUCAGUUAUGGAAUCUAGCGACAAGUACAAAUUCCUUGGAAAGUAUGAAAAUUUCGAACAGCUGGACAAGUUCACGUUCCAACAAGCAGAAAAAGAGUAUCUACGAAGAUUGAAUGUUAUAUGGUCAUCACCCUUGUCAGUACCAAGAAAACAGACAGCUUGCAUCGUCUUUGCUUUGCCUACAUUAGAAUACUUCAUGGGGACAAGUAAUUGGUUGAUAGCAGAUAUUCAAAAUCUUGACAGGAAAAGCAGAAAGGUAGUCGAGAUGCAUAAAGGAAAACACAUCUCAGAAUCAAUAGCAAUGCUCUAUUUGCCACAGAAAUGUGGUGGAAGGGGCUUCAAGUCUGUAGAGGAUACCUAUAAGAUCUCAAAAAUUAAGGUUGCACAUCACAUUAACAUAAGCAAAGAUCCAAGAAUAAAGCUGGUACGCUCGUUCCAACAUUACAAAAGCAAAAAGAACUUCAAGUCAACUUUUGUUGAAGCAACAAGGUAUGCAAAGGAACAUUUCAAAGCUGACUUGAGCCUUUUAGAGGAAAAGUCUGUAUUAAGCUAUGAACAGGAAAGAGUGGAGUUAAAAGAUGACAACUAUAUACAGAUCCAACGCAGACUAGGAAGUAUCAUUCAAAGACUAUAUGAAGAAAGAGUUAGAAACCAACCUUGGUUAGGAUUCUACACGGUUUCAAUACUAGAUAGUGAUGAAAUAUCAAAAAACAGUAGAAACAUUUUUCGAAGCUGGAAAAACAUCCCAGAUAUAGUCUUAUCGACAAAUGAAUCAAUAAAGCAACAGUUACUACCUACCAAAGCGUAUUCAAAGUACAAGUUAAAGAUGGAAACUGCAAAUACAACAUGUAGUCUAUGUAAGCAAGCAGAAGAAACAGUCGUUCAUUUGCUGUGCUCCUGUGCAGCAUUAGCACAAACACUCUACAAGGCACGACACGAUAGAAUGUUAAGACCUAUUUAUCAUCUAAUACGAGCAAAGUUUGAAUUUGAUGGAAAUAAUCGUGGAGUUCCAUGGUACAAGCAAGCAUUACCUCUUGCAAGCAUCGAAAAUGAUCGUGCUAAGAUUAUGUGGGACAUACCGAUGCACUUAGACAAAAGACCAAGCAACAAUGCCAUUAAGCCUGAUAUGCUGAUAAUUGACAAAGUAGGAAAAAAGGUCAGUUUGAUAGAGGGGACUAUAUGUGCACCUGGAUGUAUUGCCAAGAGAGAGAAAGAAAAACAAGACAAGUAUUCUGAAAUGAGAAAGUCACUGGAACGGUUAAAUCGUGGAUACGAAAUAGAUCAAAUCAAUGUUGUAUUUGACUUUCUAGGCUGUUACAGCAAGCAAUUGGAGUGCCAUAUCAAGAGACUAUGUGAAGGAGAGAAGGAGGCAAAAUUAGUAAUCGAACAAUGUCAAAAAUGGGUACUCAGCCAAAACUGCGAGAUUGUUAAAACUUUUUAUGAAAGAAAAUAGAACAACAAAAAUAGUCUGCCUAGGCAUUAGCCAGCAGUAUAGUGGACACAACAAAAAGCAACAGAAACAAUUUUGACAAUAACAUAAAGAUAUAAUAAUAAUAAUAAUAAUAAUAAUAAUAAUAAUAAUAAUAAUUAAUAAUAAUAAUAAUAAUAAUAAUGGAAACUUUUCAUUUUCAAUUCAAUUAAAACUACAAUUACAAAUUUCACUAUUACAAAGGUAAUUUGCAAUUGGCUAGCCUGGGUUUACAAAGAAAAAGACUAUUACAAGCACAAACAAAAGAAAUUAACAAAAAAAAGUGUGUUCGUCAUUGUUUGUUUUAGAAGUUGUCAGUAGCAGAGAUCGUUAGAAUUGGAGAAGUUCAGGAUUAUUCCAAGAUUUAUUUCUGCGGCAGAAAAUGUAAUAGGUAGUACGGAUAGUUAAGUUGGAUAGUUUGGAGAUCAUGAAGCGGAGAUGAUUCUCGCUGAUAUCUAGAGCGUUGCACAUGUCGAUGAAAGAGGAGCAAGAGAGACCAAAGAUACCUAGGGAACUGAUAGAAAGAUUAACAAACAUGAUAGAAGAAUAGGCUGAGCUUAGGCUGUGAAUGAGAUUCGAGUAUUUCUCUCUUUUGCGGUUAGCAUUAACAUCCAAGUUAGUUUCGUAUCCUACUGUAAGCUCGAGUAUGAAUAGCCGAUGAUCAGAUGUGACUAGAAGUAGAUCAGGACGGAAAGAGUCUCCUGUUAUGAUAGAGGGUGAGAGAUAACCUGAAAGGUCUGCGUAAAG